UGCAAUACCUUUCGCUCCUAUCAAUGGAGAAGCCUGCAGAUGGAGCUCCAAGGAGGAACUCGUCCAGCAAGCUUCGCCGGCUUCAGAUGCACGCCCCCUCCGCCAUUCAGGUCGCCCCGCCUCCGUCACUGACCGCAGCCGGGUGGAACGUAGUCAUCCCGCUCCUGUCGCCGCUGAAUUGCGCAGCUGGUGGAGACGACCGCGCGGAGGAUGCUAUUGGGCCGGUGGCAAGGGAGGGCAGGGAGGUCUCCGAGGGGACGCCGCCGCUGGCAGUUGAAACGGACGACGAGAGGGAGCAGCUAGGCGGUGGUAGUCUCCGGAGGCCGUGGAGGCACCCGGCGAUGCCACACCACUACCAGCCUGCUCCGGCGAACUCCCAGCCGGCGUUCGUUUUUCCGAAUUAUUGCACGUGACGUGUUAAAUGUUAAAUGGAAAAUUGUAGUAUAUAAUAUAUGGCCAAUUGUUAAGGAUUAAAAUUUUGUUUUUAGAUUUAUUUAAUUUUUAAAAUUAUUUAGGAAUAGCCUUAGCGCUUGUGUAUUUCUAAUGCGCCCGAGUUCGAUUGCUGAGGUGAUCAGGUGAAUGUUGAAGUGUAAUAAAUUAGGGCGGUGCCGUGAAAAAGU